GCGACAGAGAGCACGCCGCAGGAGCCAUGCGGCGGCCGAUCCUCCUGUUGUGCCUCGCCGCGCGCCUCAGCCACGAGCUGCAGGCCGUGCAGCGAUACUUCGCAGCGCGCCGCUCGAGCCAGCUCGCCGCGCCCUCCGCCUACCUCUACAGCCGGCUCGGCGCCGGCCGCACCCUCGGAGCUCUGCACGCCCGGGAGAAAAGGGGAGGAGCACAAAACGCAACGAGUUUACAACACGAACUCAUGAAUGUCUCUACGACGAGUCCCGAACGCCAGGAGAGCAGCAACACAUCCAGCGACGUCCCCUCCCUGUCGGUCACGGCGAGGUACUCGCUCUGGCCGGCGAGCGGAGCCGCAUCGAACGCCAUGAAAGGUUACGGCUCGGUGUUUCGUAUCGACGAUGAAGAUCUUCGCGCAGAUGUCAAAACUUCCUUCUAUUUUUGGCCUCUCUUUUACCAGACUCUAUACGAAUUCGAACCCACUUCACUCGGGGAAGCCAAGAAGGCGAUAGAUAAACGGUUCGCGAUGCCAACGGCAGGAAAAAUUAUACCGGUUCACGAAAAUGUCGACGAAACGAUCGACGAUGACUCUGGGAGCAACAGAAACGCGAUUCAAGAUUACAAACAUACUGAGGCAGGAGCGACUGAGAGUCCUGUUAAUUAUGAUAAUAAACCGUUAUUAUAUAAUGGCAUAAACGAUUCCUUCAACAAAACGAACGAAGACGAUUCGACUACACUCAAAGAACUUCCCUGGGAAAGGGAAAUGGACCACGAAAUGUCUUCACAAGAUAUCGAAGAUAGCGAGCGACUGAGGCGUUUACAAGAAAAUAACCCCAGUAGUAACAGGAAGGAAAAUACCAAUACUUUAGUAGCACACGACGGACUCGACGCAUUACAGGAGUCCGUGCGUAACCAAGGUCGCAAUUCCUAUCGCGAAUCUGCAUCUAAUGAAAAAGGAGACGACAACAGGCACAGCUACGGCGGAGACUACGAGUACGAAGGAGACAAUUACAGGGGAUUCGAAGAUUUUGUUGACUCUUUCGCAAACAAAUAUGGAUUAGAAGAGCAUGACAGAGAAGCUAAAUUCGCUAAGAAGAAUAAUGCAGAUAAAGGUGAAAAAAAGAAAGGAUUUCGCACAGUCUACCACAAAGAUGAAUACCAAGAGCACCAUGACUUCUUUGAUAACACCGACAAUAAUGAAAAUGUUGAAGAGAAGGGUGCAUCUAAAGUUCACAUCGGUGGUUCGGAAGGAAUUGUGCGUUCCUUGGCAGGCGCUGCGACUGGCAAAGAUAAAAGUAAGCUUAAGAAUACAGAAAAUAUUGAAAGAAAUCAGUACGAGAGAAACCAAAUUGAUAAAGAAGGACUCACCGACGUUGAACAAGAAUUAGAGCAGUAUAGAGACGUCAUUAAACGUAUGGCACAAAGUGACAAUGCUCAAUAUUUCGAUCGCUACCUGUAGACCCAAGGU